AUGGCCGAAAUGUUCAUUCUUGUGCGCUCCUUUUCGUUGCCCUGUUGUCGCCCUGGAGACUGCUGGCAUCCUGCUGCUGAUGUACGCUUCCUCACGGAAGAGCAAGACGUCGCACAAGGGCCAUGGAGAGAAGGCCUGCGGGAGGAUAUACUGGACCUUAGCGUGAGACGGUUUGCGAACGUCCUUUCGAAAGAUCUCCGGCCGAGCUUUGUUGGUCUUCUCAAACAGGAGAAGGACUCCGUCGACCCACUGGUGGACAGCACCGACUUGAUCCAGCAGCUGGUCGAGGACGGCAUUGGCUAA